AUGCCACAGGAUGCAGGGCUAGCUCCCCGCGGUCUACCCCCGGACGAGCAUCUUAAUUUCUAUCGCGGACAACUGCGUCUUGCGAGGGUACUCAGGCCGACGGUUAUUACUGCGCAGUCUGGAUCUGACUACUGGACCUUGGAAGAGGCAGUAUAUUUCUACCGAAUGAGUCUCCAGAUCGAUAAAGAGGAGGGUUUCCAAGGGAAGGUUGGGCAUGAAACGCACCGCAAGCGAGGAUUGUUUAACCCCCGUAUUGCAAGUCUCGUACUAAAGCAUGUACCAGAGCUGAAGGUAACGGUGGAUGUUUCCCACUGGGUGGUGGUUUGCGAGAGACUGCUGAACCAAGAGGAAGAUCAGAAUAGUCUGGGGAUACUGAUCGCCCAUGUUCACCAUAUCCACGCGCGUAUUGGGACGACACAGGCUUCGCAGUGUCCAGAACCGCUCAACACGGCUUUUGCCGCGGAGCGGGAGUUUUUUGAGGGCUUCUGGAUAGAUAUUGUCAAGGCAAAACAGAGGGAGGAUCCGAGGUGUAGAAUAACAUGGGUUCCAGAAUACGGACCAUUUCCCUAUCAUCCGAUAGGAUCAGUCCAGACGCAUGGGGAAGUUGCAGAUAGUGAAGGGAUGAGGUUGGAGGCGCUGUUUAAUAGUGUUGCCUCGCUAUAG